GUAUGUAUGUGAGCGACUGUGCGAAUACUAUGGACUUGGUCUGGCGCAGCCAUUGCUGCUAAGGGGGCUGCCCACUAGUGUGCGAUGCUGACAUUACAAUCAUAAUCUUCAGUAGUAAUUUUACACGAGUGUGUGAUAAAUAAUCUUAGGUGCAGUCAAUAUUGCCAGAUUGGAAAUAAUAUUUAUAACAAUUUUGUCACUUCCCUCAAUAGUGGGACAGCUCCGAAACAUUCAUGCUUAUUUAUAUACUCUUGAUCAUCUGUGAGUUUGAUUUUGUGUUCGGAUUCGACAAAUGAACGUUCCUCGAUAUACUAAUUCAACGCUUUGUUGUCAGAAAGAAUUAUCAGUUUUCGCGACCGUAUAGCGUUGUUCCUUAUGUGUUUACUUAUAUGAGAAUUCCGAGUGCCAUUUGAAAUAAUCCAAUACGGUUACGUGGUUGUGCUUUGUCGCGCAUCAACGUUGCUUUUGAUUAAAAAAAAUAAUAAUUUAGCGAUAAUAUCAUUGUGUUCAUUACGUAAACAAGCUCGCGUAAAGCAAAAUUUUCAUUGGUAAAUACAUUGGUCAAGCCAAGACGACGAAGAGUCGGGACAUGUAUUUCGCAAACAAGCGAAGCAACCCUCGAUACUCUCAUAAGUAAUUUAGAAUUUCUUGCUACACAUGGCCACACACUCAAAGAUAUAAAAAAAGGUGGUAAUACAAAUUCAAAGCUAUGGAUUCAGAAGAAGAAACUUUAUAUGAUGACAUUGAUUCAGGAAAUGAAUCUAGUGGUGAUGAUGUUGAUUUUGCCAUGGAUGUUGAAUCAAGUAAUCCCAUAGAACGAACUGCAGACACUGAUGAAUAUCCAUUUGAAGUUCUAUCUACAGAAGAAAUAGUUCAGCACAUGGUAGAUUGUAUCAAAGAUGUCAAUACAGUAGUAGAGAUUCCAGCAACUACAACAAGAAUCUUAUUAAACCACUUUAAAUGGGACAAAGAAAAACUGAUGGAAAGGUUUUAUGAUGGAGACCAAGAAAAACUUUUUACUGAAGCCCAUGUUAUAAAUCCAUUUACCAAAACAUCAGCUCUCAUAAAAAAUCGUCCACAAAUUAAAACUAAUGCCACCGAAGAAUGUGGUGUAUGCUUUAUGGCUCUUCCAGCAAGUAUGAUGACUGGUUUGGAAUGUGGUCAUCGAUUUUGUACAAGUUGUUGGGGCGAGUAUUUAACUACAAAAAUUAUGGAAGAAGGAGUGGGUCAAACUAUAGCAUGUGCAGCACAUGCAUGCGAUAUAUUAGUAGAUGAUGCAAAUGUAAUGCGUCUCAUCAAAGAUUCAAAAGUAAAAUUGAAAUAUCAACACCUUAUUACAAAUAGCUUCGUAGAAUGUAAUAGACUGCUGAGAUGGUGUCCAUCACCGGAUUGUAAUAAUGCUAUUAAAGUUCAAUAUGUAGAGUCAAAGCCAGUAACAUGUAAAUGCAACCACACAUUCUGUUUUAAUUGUGGGGAAAACUGGCAUGAUCCUGUUAAGUGUCGUUUAUUACGCAAAUGGAUUAAAAAAUGUGAUGAUGAUUCAGAAACAUCUAACUGGAUAGCAGCUAACACAAAAGAGUGUCCAAAAUGUAAUGUCACCAUUGAAAAAGAUGGAGGUUGUAAUCAUAUGAUCUGCAAAAAUAGUUGCAAAACUGAAUUUUGCUGGGUUUGCCUUGGACCUUGGGAGCCACAUGGUUCAAGCUGGUAUAAUUGUAAUCGGUAUGACGAAGCAGAUGCCAAAGUGGCCAGAGAUGCACAGGAAAAAUCAAGAGCAGCUUUACAACGUUAUCUAUUUUAUUGUAAUCGUUACAUGAACCAUAUGCAGUCAUUGAAGUUUGAAAACAAACUUUAUUCUAGCGUGAAAGAAAAAAUGGAAGAAAUGCAACAGCACAACAUGUCAUGGAUAGAGGUGCAGUUUCUCAAAAAAGCUGUUGACAUUUUGUGUUUAUGCAGACAGACUUUAAUGUACACAUAUGUAUUCGCAUACUAUUUGCAAAAGAAUAAUCAAUCUGUACUAUUUGAAGAUAAUCAAAGGGAUUUAGAAAGCGCUACAGAAUGUUUAUCAGAAUAUCUGGAAAGAGACAUUACAAGUGAAAACUUAGCAGAUAUAAAACAAAAAGUUCAGGAUAAAUAUCGCUACUGCGACAGUCGGCGUAAAGUGCUCUUAGAACAUGUACACGAAGGUUAUGAAAAAGAUUGGUGGGAUUAUUUGGAAUAAGUAUACAAAGAAUAAGUUUCGCGCAGUUUGUAACUUGUUGUUAGUGACCAACUUCCAAGCUUUGUUCCAGCUGUGAUAAACCCUAUGAGCUGAGAGAUAAAAUAUUCUUUUAAAAUCACGGGAUCUGAACUUAAUCAACAUCAUACAUCAUGAGAACAUAACAUCUAUGUUCAUCAAAUAAAGUUGACUGAUGGUCUUGUUUAGAAAAUAAUACUUUGAAAUAAAUUUUACUUUACAGACUAUGCUCAAUGAUUUUAAAAGAAUUGAAAGACUUGAGUCUUCAUUGUUAUUUUUAUUAUUAUUUGUAUUUGUUUUUAAUCUAGUGAAUGAGUGCAUAUAAACUUAAAUUUAAAAGAUUGUUUUUAGUAUUUGAUUAGUCAUAAAUUCAUCCACGAUAUUAACGAUUAAUAUAUUAAGUUGGACAUAACUUAGCAUAUAAAAAAAAAAGAUUGAAUUAUAAAUGUAAAUCUGAAAAAAAUGAGGAAAGGUGCUGUAAUAAAUAAUAUAAGUGCUUACAUAGUCAACAAUUGAACAAAAGUUUCUAAUACUUCAACUUUUUUCUUGAGUUAUCUUUUGUCUUAUUAAAUUUAUUACUUCAUGCAAAUUUAAUUAAGUUAUAUUUCUUUAGAGUAAAUUAUUCAUUAGAUGAGGCUACAUAUGAAAUACAAAAGACUAUUUAUGCACUUGGAAAGGUGAACAAAGAUGAAAAAAAUGUCCACAUAAUCUCAGAAUCAGAUCUUAACUUUCCUUUUCUUAGAGCGCCGCAUAUUGCGACAGAACCAGAAUACAAAUACACUACACAGCAUAAUACAAGAAAUUUUGAUUAUUGAAAUGAACAGUAUGGCUAAAAACUUAAUAAUUUUAAAGUCAUAAUGUUGGUUUCCAUUUAGUUCAGUUUACGACUGCCAAAUCAAGUUCAUAUUCAAAAAAUGUUGACAAUUCAAAUUAUACUGUGAACAUAGUGCUAAAAAACUGGUAUCAAAGUGUUGAAAGAAAAUUAAGGUUGAAUGAAAUUGUGAUUGAAUUUAAUUUUUCAAAUAAAAAUUCAGUCUUGUUUGAUACUCCAUGAAAGAUAUAAUGUAAAUAGUUCUAUUAUUACGGUUUCUGGAUAAUUAUAAAACUUUUUUGUAAACGUGCCUAAAAUAGUCAUAGGUAAAAAAUGUUUGAAUCGAAGUCAUGACAUAUAAUGUUGCCAGCAUGAGGAAAAUAUAAAUUGUAAAUGCAAAAGUAUUGUUAAUUUUUGUUCUAGAAAUUUGAAAAUUAAAUAAAAUUCUGCAUUACUAAGAUGCAAUAAUCUCUAUUGAUCAAUAUUGGAGUAUGAUCAAAAGGAAUGUAUAUGAAGUUUCCCUGUACAGAUUGAAUAUAAUAAUGUAUGAACGUAAAUGUGCGUACAUGCACUCGUACAUACGUGUGUUCAUUUGUAUGACAUAUUCAUGUAAUGUAUGUUCAUAUGAAAAUUCAUUUCGACGGUUAUCGAGAAGAGUGCUUACCUCCAUUUUUUGUAAUAUUUCAGUUAGAUUGGUAAAGUCCAGUCAAAAAUUUAUUAAUUGAAUCACCAUGUUAAAAUGAGUUUAGGUAAUUAGGUAUUUUUCACCAUUGCAUUUGCAUUAUUAAUUAAAUUGAAGUAACCCAAUUAAACAAUAAUUUUUAACUUUUAACAUUAAUACAUUUUUUGAGUUUAAUUAAAUAGCCUACAACAGAAAAAUGUGGCAAUCAAUUUCAUUCAAAAUUUUAUAUAAAUGGAGUUGGUAUUUUUUUUCCUGAAAGUCGAAGAUAUAUGUAUGUGUAUGUAUCAUUUAACAAUUUGUAGAUGUGUAUAAAAAAUAAAACUUGUCUGUGGAUUUUAGGAUUCUCAACAAGAUUAAAAUGUACAUUUGGAGAAUAAUAUUUUAUUGAUAGUCUACAUUGUUACUCUUAUUUAUUCAACGUUAAUGAAAGGGAAACGUUUCAAUUAUAGACUUGACGAAUGAAAUUCGAUAGCUUUUGUACAGUUUAAAAUUCAAUUAGGAAGACUAACUGAACUUCUUUUAUUAGGAAAGUGAACUGUUUAAGGUAAUCAAUGAAAUACUGUGGUUUACUGCAUGAAGUUUCCAGGUAAAUAAGAUCAACGUGAUUGGUGAAUUUUGGUAGGUGUUUCAAUCAUUUUAGAUCUUUCCAAACUUAUGAGAGUAUAAAAUAAAUUGAGAAAUUUUAUAUUUAUACGUAUUUAAAAUAUAUUUCUGUAUCCAUGAAACUUAAUACCCUUAGACAUAAGUAGAGCAAAAGCAAAAUAUUUCCAUAAAUUAUCACGGAGCAAAACAUUUUUUAAAGAUGAAAUAUUGAAAUUACAUUAAUUUCUUAAUGUUAUGAGUUUGUAAAAAAGUUGGCAAUUUUUUCUUUUUUUUAUUUGUAUUUUUUUUUUUUAAUUGUUAAAUCUUAUUGUAGAAUAUUUAGACUUUUUAGCUUAUAUCAUUAAACGUCCAAUGUAAAUUCUUUACUAAUGUAUGACCAUUGUUGUUGUUAUUUAACAACAUAUGAAUUCGUUGUCUAAAGCUUUGAAAUAAAAACUAUAAAACCAC